AUGAUCUAUGAUUUUCCGCUUCUAAUCCUCUGUUAUUUCUUCGCGCAGCUCCUCCAUCCGAUAACCGCACAGUAUUCCCCUCGUCUACCGAUCGAUAUCGUGGUCGGAUUACCGAUAGAUGAAGGACAUAUAUUCAAGAAUCCGUUCAAGCUAACGUUACCGAAAAGUCAGCCGGUAUUCGAUGUGGCUGUGGAAGAUGUCUACUAUAAGCAUCGUCUUAUGCCGCCAGGUUCGCUGCGUGUCGUCUACGAAGACACACAACUUAGCGACGCAAUCGCUCCACAACGAAUGGUCGAACAUUACUGUAAUCGAUCGGUGGACGCAGUUAUGGGUAUGGCGUACGUGUAUGCGUUGGCGCCUGUGGCGCGAAUGUCCGCCUUCUGGUUCGGCGGUGUACCAGUGUUCACCACCACCGGUUUGGUGGAUGAGUUAGGCGAUCGGAAAGAGUUCCCGUUGCUUACAAGAAUGAUGGGCACGUAUAAGACGUUAGCAAAUUUAAUGUAUGAAAUUGCACGAUCACAAGGAUGGCAUCAUUUUUAUUUUAUUUUUAAUGAUGAAGCUGGUAUCGAAGGCGGUAAAGGAUUACCACGCUCCGAAUGCUAUUUUUCACUUUAUGCGAUACGAAAUCGUAUACAAAAAGAAAAGGAUAUUAUUUGGCAUGUGGAUAUGUUCUCGACAAGAAAUGCAAGUCGUCGAAAAUACGGGGAUUUACUGAAGAAGGUGUCAAUGUCAAGUAAUAUGAUCAUACUAUGUGCUUCUCCGGAUACGGUACGCGAGAUCAUGCUUGCCGCACACGAACUUGGCAUGGCCACAUCUGGUGAUUACGUGUUCAUCAACAUCGACGUCUCAACAGGGUCCCAUGCAGAGAAACCGUGGGUGAGAGCGAAUGAGACAAACCAGGAGGAGAAUGAGAAGGCGAAAGAAGCCUAUAGGGCAUUGAAGACGAUAUCACUUCGGAGAAGUGACCUGGAGGAAUACAAGAAUUUCGAAAAGCGGGUGAAAAUUAGAGCCGAAGAGAAAUAUGAUUAUUCGAGAAUAACUGGCAAAGAAUAUGAGAUGAACAACUUCAUUAGUGCCUUCUACGAUGCUGUGUUGCUGUACGCAAUAGCGCUAAACGAGACUAUCGCCGCUGGCAUGGAUCCAAGAAAUGGCCACAACAUCACCAGCAAAAUGUGGGGACGAACUUUCGAUGGCAUCACGGGUAACGUGUCCAUAGACGCGAAUGGCGAUCGAUAUUCGGAUUACUCACUUUUGGAUUUGGACCCGGCUGUGGAUAAGUUUGUGGAAGUUGCCUACUAUUCUGGUGCUUCGAAUCAGUUGAAAAAAGUCACCGACUUCCAUUGGAUUGGCGGUAAACCACCAAGAGAUUCACCAAUUUGUGGAUACGAUAACAGUAAAUGUCCGAAGGGCUAUCCAUUGCAUGUGUACUUGUUGGCGGCAUGUGCUGGUCUCAUUCUGCUGCUAACAUUGUUGUUUGUGUUCUUCUGGAGACGAUACAAACUUGAACAAGAACUCGCAGCAAUGUCAUGGAAAAUUCGCUGGGAAGAACUAGACGGUGAAGAAUCACAGAAGAAGGAGAAGAAAAAAGCGAAGAAGAAGCGAUCCGGUGGUUAUUUCCCAGAAUCGGAUCCGCUUCUACGUUCGAACUCUCGCGGCAGUGUCAGCAGCGACAAGUACGAUGAGGACAUGUUAACCCCAUUGGCAAUGCGAAUGCGUUUGCGUUCGUCAAGUUCUGGAGCUACUAGAAAAAUCUCAGCAAUGAUCGAUCGAAAGUUCAGUAUAUUCACACGAAAGAAGAGCGCACCAAAUCAGGAUAAGAAUGGUGGAAUUACAGGGAACCAUGCGAAUGCCCUGAAGGAAAUUGAGUCCGGUCAAUGUUCUCCGAUGAAUGAGGUACAGUUCCGAUUGCCGAACGAUCGCAGAGUUUCAUCUCCAUCCGGAGAUUCUGACUACAAGAAAAAGAGCAGUGGUGAGGAAGAGUUUGACAUUUCUGCAAAGAAGAGUCUUAGCCUGAGGAAUCGAAAACUCUCAUUCUUCGGAUCGAUCAAGAGUGGAGGGUCCGGUGAGACAAUUGCUCAGAACAACGGUCAAAUCUACACGAAGACGGCGUUCUAUAAGGGAAUUAUGGUGGCGAUCAAAAAAUUGAACAUCGAUCAGAAGAAGUAUCCCAAGGUGGAUUUGUCGAGAGCUCAGUUGAUGGAGUUGAAAAAAAUGAAAGAUCUGCAGCAUGAUCACAUCACAAGGUUCACUGGUGCUUGCCUCGACGCUCCUCAUUGGUGUAUUGUGACGGAGUACUGUCCGAAAGGUUCACUAGAAGAUAUUCUGGAAAACGAUCAAAUCAAAUUGGACAACAUGAUGAAGUAUUCGUUGUUGCACGAUUUGGUCAAGGGUCUAUAUUUCCUUCAUAACAGCGAAAUUCGAUCUCAUGGCCGAUUGAAGUCUUCCAACUGUGUUGUUGAUAGCCGAUUUGUGCUAAAGGUUACCGAUUUUGGCUUACAUGGACUCCACGCUAUGGAAGAGAACACAGUAGAUGACAUUGGAGAGCAUGCAUUCUACAAAAAACAAUUAUGGACCGCGCCAGAAUUGCUACGAAAUCCAAAUCCACCACCGAUGGGCACUCAAAAAGGCGACAUCUAUUCAUUUUCCAUUAUUCUUCACGAAGUUUUGUGGCGAAAAGGUGUAUUCCCGUGCAAGAAUGAGAAUCUUUCUCCAUAUGAGAUCGUUCAACGAGUGAAAAAGACGGUCUCAAAUCCAGAUGACGUGUUCCGACCUUACGUACCAGAUAGUCUUGACGCGGAUGAUGAGAUCAACCAGAGCCUCCUCGAAUUAAUGCGUUGUUCGUGGGCUGAAGAUCCUCACGACCGACCCGAUAUUUCUAUGAUAAGGAAGGCUGUCCGCAUGUUGAACAAAGAUAACGAGACAUCGAAUCUGGUAGAUAACCUUCUGAAACGUCUCGAACUGUACGCGAAAAAUCUCGAAGGCCUUGUCGAGGAGCGUACACGAGAGUAUUUAGCGGAAAAGCAAAAGGUGGAAGAUCUACUUCAUCAAUUGUUGCCGCCUUCAAUCGCUGAUCAGUUGAUCUCUGGUAAAGCAGUACAAGCCGAGUCGUACGACUCGGUUACUAUCUACUUUUCCGAUAUUGUCGGCUUCACCGCCCUAUCAUCACAAUCGACCCCAUUGCAGGUCGUCACACUUCUCAACGACUUGUAUCUAGCCUUUGAUGGUGUAGUUGAUAACUUCAAAGUGUACAAAGUCGAGACCAUAGGUGACGCCUACAUGGUGGUUUCUGGUCUUCCGGAACGAAGGGAAGACCAUGCAUCCCAAAUAGCUCAAAUGAGCUUAGCUCUGUUGCACAAGGUGAAGAACUUUGUGAUCCGGCAUCGACCGAACGAUCAACUAAAGUUGCGAAUCGGCAUGCAUUCGGGAUCAGUGGUCGCGGGUGUGGUGGGCUCAAAAAUGCCCCGAUAUUGCUUAUUCGGUGACACUGUGAACACCUCAAGUCGGAUGGAAAGUAACGGAUUACCGCUACGAAUCCACGUUUCAUCAGUGACAAAGGAGAUUCUAAGCAAGGAUACGGGUUUCCGAUUAGAACUUCGAGGUGAAGUCGAAAUGAAAGGCAAGGGUCGAUUGACGACGUAUUGGUUGAAAGGCUACCGUGACAUCAGUAUCCCGGACUUUGGCCCUGAAUAUCAAUGA